CUCUUCCGCUGUCGUCAUCACCCCGCGCAACCAAACCUCCAUUCUGUCAGUUCGCUCUGUUGUCCAAAAAGUGAGCUAAAAGACGUGCCAUGGGGGCGGUGAUCUCACGAUGGAAGACCAAACCCACCACAGUGGAGCAGUUGGAGAACUUGGACAAGGAGAUACAGGAGCUGGAGGAGUUUCGAGCCAAAAACCAGCGACUCCAAAAGUUGUGGGUGGGCCGCCUGCUCCUCUACUCGUCAGUCUUCUACCUGCUGACCUGCCUGGUGGUCUACUGCCUCUACCUGCCUGAGCAGUGGCUUCACAGAUUAGCAAUGGCGCUGCCUUUCUUUGCGUACCCGGUGCUGGUGUGGUUCAUCCGGAAGUUGCUGGUUUUUCUUUUCUCUAAACGCACUGAGAGGAAUAGUGACAUCCUGGAAGAAUUAAAGGUUACCAAAAAAAAGAUCUUAGAAGAAGUGAUGGAAACAGAGACAUACAAAAAUGCCAAAGUCAUCCUCGAACGCUUUGAUCCAGAUGCCAAGAAGAAAGCUGAGCUGGAAUCAACUCCGGUGCGACCUCAGAUGACCCCCAGGCCUGGUCAAGACAUUCGCCAACGUGGCGUGGCGACGAGACCUCCGGGCACACCCGCCGCCAUGGUGAUGACUCCCCCGCCAGGUGUUCGACCCACGCCGGGCCCCGGGGUCACACCUUUGGAACAUGUCCCUCUCUCAGCUCCAGGCGGACCGCCCGAGAGAGUCGCCCUGUCUGCUGCUGUCUACCAGGGGGGAGUAGCCCGGACUCCCACCUCCCCGAUACCAGGUGUAGGCAUGCAUCCUCCCGGUCCUCCACUGGCGCGACCCAUUCUGCCCAGAGAGAGGGGCGCUUUGGACCGAGUGGUUGAGUACCUGGUAGGAGAUGGACCGCAGAACAGAUAUGCCUUAAUCUGUCAGCAGUGCUUCUCCCACAAUGGCAUGGCCCUGAAAGAAGAGUUUCAAUACAUUGCUUUCCGCUGCGCCUAUUGCUACUUCCUGAACCCCGCCCGAAAGACGCGGCCGCAAGCUCCAAGGCUGCCGGAGUUCAGCUACGAGAGGAAGCUGCGCACCGAAAUGCCAUCUCCGGUACGGACACCACGCUCUGGCACUGACACGGAGGACAGUGCGCCCCCUUCUGGAGCCAAGGCGCUGGCGCCGUGGAGUUUGGUCCAUAGUUUCCCCGUCCAGCAGAACCCUCAGAAUCAAGCUCGACAGAGUCCAGACGAACGAGAGACGGGCGAAGGAGGCCAAGAUACCGCUGAAAUGGCGGAGGCCGAGAGCCGUGUCGAGGAGAGUGAGAAAGAGGAGUGUGAAGAGCAGGUUCGGGAAGAGGAAGAGGAAAAGGAGGACACGGAAGAGAAAUACCAAGACGUCCCCGCUCAUCUGUCGUAGCUGCGCAGGAAAAAGCUGUUUGAAGGUAUUCGCCACCACAAACAAAAGCUAAACGCUAAUCGGCACAUUAUUUAUGUCCCCGUAUUUAUUUAACAGUCUUUGCGAGUGAGCUGCUAUUUAAAGGCUAUUGAACCAGGAAUCUGAAACAUGCCUAUGUUAGUAACCGGAAAUCAGGCCCAAGACUUUUGUAAUAUUUGAUUUUUUGUGAUUAUAUUCAAUGCAUUCAUUUAGCAGUUCCUCCGCCAAAAUGUAAGAUUUAUUCCUUUAUUUCCUAAAAGAGUUGGCACUGCUGUUUAUUUUAAUAGAAAAUGAGCAGGAUAAUAAGACGACUCAUCAGAGGUGACUUUAAACUGCCACUUUAAAUGCCACUUGUCAAUUUUUAGAAGUGUUUGCCAAAUGUCUUCUCGACUGCAUUUGCACUGACUUUCCAAGUAUUUACUCGGCCUUAUGGACAAUGGCAGAUGAUGAGGUACUGUUAGUUUUAGGCUCUCUCUCUGGCUUCCAUGUAGCUGUGUAUAGAACGGAUUUGUAUUCCCUUGUUUACACUCCCGCUAGCGUGCUACUUUUCAUUACCAUUGUAAGUAAAAAAAGAUUAUUGCAAAA